AUGUAUGUUUUCUACUUAACCCAAAUUUAGGAAGAUAAUGCAUUGCUAUAGAAUUGUUAACAAUUAAAUUUCAAUUGGAAAAGAGUUUCAAAAAAUAUGAAUUUAAUGGGAUUCAAAAGAUCUGGCAAGUCUUGUAAAGAAAGGUUCUAAAAUCAAUUAAACCCUCAGAUAAAUAAAGAUCAAUGGUCACAAAACGAAAUUGAUAAACUAUUUGAGUUAUAGAUUAAACACGGAAAUAAAUGGAGAAUCAUAGCCAAAGAGCUACCAAAUAGAACUGAUGGACUCAUUAAAAAUUAUUUCUAUUCCCUCGUCCGAAAAGUUCUACGCCGUCUAUCUAAAGCGAUUAAUAGAAAUAAAAAUGGUUCCAAAAUGACUAAAACCUUAAAACCUUCGAUUAUCUCAUAGAUCUUUUGUACAAAUCAAGAUGAAUCCAAAUAAUCAACAGAUAGCUUAGAAUUCGCUUAUUUAUUUAGAAACAUUAUAUUCAAGUAUAAAAAUUAUAACUUGUCUUAAUAAAUUGAUAAUGACGACAUAGGCAAAAUUAAAUUCAUAUUUCUUACGUUACAAAAAUUAAGUGAAUCUUAUAAUUCUGAUAAUAGUAAACGUUCUGAAACUAAAAUAAACUAAAAAUAAGAAAAAUGCAAUAAUAAAAACUUGAAUAUUAAUAUUAAUGCAGUUAUUUUACAUAAAAUUAAUAAUAAACUUCCGAUUUUUACUACGAAUAUGUAUCCUCUAGAAAACUUGUAUAAGAGAUAAGAUAAUAAUUUUGAUCCUCCUCAAUAAAUUAACUAUUAAGCAAAAUCAUCUUUUAAUACAGACUAAAAUCUUAGUAGUGAUGGAUUUCCUUUCAAACAACCACAGUAAUAUGUUUUUUAUCAUCCUAUUCCAUAAUAUUAUUAUUCUAUGACUUUAAAUGCUUAUAUAUAAUAACAACAAAACUUAAGAAGUUUGUAUAGUUCUUAUUUAUAUGAAUCAAAUAAAGUCAAGCAAGAAAAUGAAGAAUGA